AUGCCAAAGGAAAUCGAUAUUGCUGACAAACCGGGGUUUUCAUACUUUAUUACCACGCCAUGUGAAGAAUGGGAUGCACUAGAAUAUCACGAGGAAUGGUGUGCGUCCAAACAUCCCAUUAACAAGGCAACGAUCACGGUAGCAAUCACGCGACAGCUAGAAUGGUUUAUGAAGCAAGGAUCAGAAGAAGAAAAGAAGGAAGCUAACAGAAUGUUUAAGCAAUUUAAAGAAGGUGUAAAAGCUGGUGGUUAUAUUGAUGAUUUUUGGAUUAAAAUGGAUUUGGAGAGGAAAAUAAACUUGCAAGAGAUCAAGGUUUCUGCAGAAGUUCGUAAAAUACAGUCGGAUAAAUGCUUGAUCAUGAAUAAGAGGUCUCUUGAUGUCUUGAAAGAGACGGUAGUGGAACAUAAUGAAGCAUCGGCAUUAUUGGGUGACUUUGCUCGUGACGGACAGGAUGUCAGAAAAAGAAGAAAGCAGUAUCACCAGUUGGAUGGAUAUACCACUCCCUCCCCAGAUAUCAUAAUUGAUGACAUUCCAUGUGGAUUUUCUUUCAAAAAUGGAGAUCCAGUUGAUGAUUUACACGUGGGAGAGACUAAUGUGUCUCUACUUUUUAGAAAUUAUCAGAAUCAGUCGCUAAAUAUUGCAAGGGACAAGGGCUUAUUUGUGGAAUCAAAUGUACAGGAAAUAUUAUCGUUAUCGUCAAUUUUAUUACUUGCCUCGAAUUCCUACUCCAAUACAAUGAUUGAUCACUUCGGAUUGUCCUUGCUUGAUGAAAUUCAUCAAAAAUUUAAAUCAGAGCAACAAAUAGUAUUAGAUUCGAAUUCCGAAACAACAUUCCGAAAAGCAGUUAAAAUGGCAAUGGGUGGAUCGCGUGAUGAUGCUAUUAUCUGGUUAUGCGGAAAACUUUCAAGUGAGCAAUCUUUAAGAGAGAAUUUAGGUUUUAUUAUUCUGGACUGCUUGAGAGUGCUACCCUCUUCAAAAAUUAGGAAUGAGCACAGCGAAAUCACACACUAUACCAAUUUCCUUGAUCGCAUUAUGAAAGGACUCUUUGAUGAUCCCGAUAAACACGUAGUACAAUGGCCCAAUACAGCUUUAAACGAAAGCAAGACAAGAAAAGCCGAAGGUCGCGCUAAACAACCAGAUUUCACAACUUCCAUAAUUUGUCAAUUACAAACUAGUGCCACCUUAUUUGUGGGCGAAGUUAGCCCUCCAUCAAAAAGAGGGGAUGUAUAUAAAAAUUGCAACGAUCUUAUUCGCCUGGGCGUGUUUAUGAAAGAUAUCCUAGACUCAUCUGUUGAUAAAGGUGCUGAUAUAAAGUGCUGGGCUUCCAAUUAUAAAGUUGACUAUUAUACCAUGGACCUUGUCCAAGGAAUUUAUAUUAUGAUUCAUAUUGGUCAGAUGUUGGUUCCAGCAUCUUUAAAGGAUAUGUCAUCUUUUGUAGAUGAUAUAGAAUUAUCUUUAAGAGUACAAGAUAUUUUUCGCAAAUCUUAUGAAAAUUUUUAUACCAAGCUUUGUAAUCCGGGAUCAUUGACGAAAAAAGCAACAUUCAAACGAGAAACCCUUUGCACUCCAAAGUUUCGACAGUUAGUAAGUAAGACACACGAUGUUAAUAGAAGCUGUCCAUUUUGGUUUGGACGUUUCUAA